ACACGUGCCCCUCAAUUGCGCGGCUCGAGCUGUGACCGACGGCGUCUACAAGGAUCGAAUUCCAAAGCCUGCAGCAAGCCGCUGCCCCAUCGGCAAACCCUGUCGGGCGAGGCUGUUUCCGGCCCCGACCCUCGCCGAGCUGCCAUGAUCGGAAGCAAUGUCCAGCUUCCGAUCCUAGGCGCCUACGAAACCUCAGCCACCUUCAAACCCCAACGAGCUUGAAGACUUUGUCCGGCCCCGACACAACGCUCCGCUCCCCCAAAAUCCAAGGCUCGCCGCUAUGGAUCCAUCCAUCAUGAAGCUCCUCGAAGACGAUGUGGACGAGAGCAUGCAUUCCGGGGCGGAUGUGGAGGCAUUCACAGCUGCCUUGAAUCGGGAUAUCGGAGGCGAUGCUGCUGCUUUCUCCCAGCCCUCGGAGCCCGAUACCGUUGGAGUAUCAUCCCAAGGGAGCAGUUCUGCAUCAAAACAAAUACUAGGACAAUGGGGAACUUCUAUGCAGGAGGACAAUCCUGGUCAGCAAAUCCAACAAGAAGAACAACAGCAUUUGCAGUCCUUAGAGCAGCAGGCAUCUCAAACAGAGCUGGUACGGCAAGAAUCUGGUACCAAAGAUCAAGAUCAACAAGUAAACAGCCAACCAGAACAUGACCGGUUGCUGUUGCAACAAGAACAUUCUCAUUCUGAUAACCAGCAGCAACAGUCAGAACCAAAUCCCCUUCAAUUCGUUGAAAAAGAGCAGGCCAACACAUCUGAGCAAACUACUGUUCGGGGCCCAAAACAUGACAUUACUCAGCAUUCUGGGAUCCAGCAGCAGCAUACACUGCAACAGUUGAAUAGUCAACAAGCACCAGCUACUAACCAAGCAAACAGUUCUAUGAGGAGGACGAAAGUUAAUUCUAGCAUACCAUUCCAUAUGUUGAUUCCAAUCUUACGCCCUCACCUUGAUAAAGACAGAUCCAUGCAGCUUAUGUCCAUAUUCGCAAAACUGAGGACUAAUGAAGUCAGCAAAGAAGACUUUUUAAGGGUCAUAAGGAAUAUUGUUGGGGACCAGAUGCUUAGGCAGGCAGCUCAGAAAGUUCAAAUGCAGCUUCAUGCCCAGUCAUCUCGAAAUCCACAAACAAAUCCAAACCAAUACUCCUUACAGACUCAAGCUUCCUCUCAGCAGAUUUUGGCUGGUGGUGCUCAACAGUUCAUUGAGUCACAGGCAGUUCCACCUCUUCAUUUAACACCAUCAUCUCAGAAGCAGAAAGGCCCCAGAUCUCCUCCACGCCAGCCUUAUGCUCCUCUUUCAACAGUCCAAAUGCAGAUUGAUACUUCAAACCUUGAGAGCAAUAUUCAGAAGUCUCGAGAAAUUGAGAACAAGUCAGAUGGGAAGGGGUAUGUUACCCAGAAUUUUCCUGGUAACGUGAAUACAAUGAAUCCAGAAAGAGACAUUUCUAUGAAUUCACUCCAAGCAGUUAACAAGCAGCAGCAACACACACAACUUCCACAGACAUCUUUCUCAAUGUAUGGAAGCACUCAAAGUAAUUUUCAUGCCCAUUCAUAUCCUAGGCCAUCUAUCAGUUGUGCAACAACUUCUCUUAUAUCACAAACUCAGGAUUCACUUAUGAGGCCAGCUCCACAUACUCAGGGAGUGGUUAUGACACAACUGGGGCCAACUCAGACUGUGAAUGUAAUGAACAUGCCUAAAUCUGAAGUGCAAAAUACUACCAAGGAAACUAAGAGACUACAAAGUGGAUCUUUGACAAGCCAUGCAGCAUCACAACAUAAUCCAGUGGCAUGGCAAUUAUCAGCAAACAAAGAGCAGAGGAGCAGUGCUUUCCCGCCAAUGCCGUACAUGAAACAAGAAGUUGCUGAUCAACCAUCUGAACCUCCUCACAAGUCUCAAUUCACAACUCCAGAGAGCUCUUCAUUUGGUUCAAUCCAUAGUAACCAAGGAAAUCAAAAUCUUGAAUCAUCAAAGGAGGAAACUUUGGAAAAAACAGUCAUCUAUAAAGCUCAGGUUUCAAGUCCCAUGGCAAUCCAAGGGGACCAAACCAUGCAGAAGCAGUUACAAUCUCAGACUUCAUCUGCAACCCCGCAACUUCAGGCUGGAGCUACUACAAGAACUGCCCAAAAGAAACCAUCAGCUGGCCAGAAGAAGCCACAUGAAGCACUAGGCACUUCCCCGCCUGUGUCCAGCAAAAAGCAGAAGACCACUGGGGCAUUACUUGAUCAAAGCAUUGAACAACUAAAUGAUGUUACAGCCGUAAGCGGAGUUAACCUGAGGGAAGAGGAAGAGCAACUGUUAUCAGCCCCCAAAGAGGAGAGUCGAGCUUCAGAAGCAACUAGAAGAGUUGUACAAGAAGAAGAAGAACGGUUGAUUCUGCUGAAGGGUCCUCUUCAGAAAAAGCUAGCAGAUAUCAUGUCAAAAUGUGGUUUAAAGACUAUAAACAGUGAUGCGGAGCGUUGCCUGUCAAUGUGCAUGGAGGAGCGUUUGCGGGGUUUGAUAAGUUACCUAAUAAGACUAUCGAAACAGAGGGUUGAUAUUGAGAAGACAAGUCAUCGAUUUGUCAUCACUUCAGAUGUUCGGCGCCAGAUUUUGUUAAUGAACAAGAAAGCUAAGGAGGAGUGGGACAAAAAGCAGGCUGAAGAAGCUGAAAAGCUCCGAAAAUUAAAUGAAGUGGAGGGGAAUGCAGGGGCUGAUGCUGACAAGGACAAGGAUGAAGGGCGUUCCAAGACCCUUAAGAAUUUCUCCCUCAUGCAGGCUAACAAAGAAGAGGAUGAUAAGAUGAGAACGACGGCUGCAAAUGUUGCUGCUCGAGCUGCAGUUGGGGGAGAUGAUAUGCUUUCAAAGUGGCAACUCAUGGCUGAGCAAGCACGGCAGAAACGGGAAGGACUGGAUGGAGCCUCUGGUUCCCAACCUGGUAAAACUACCACUUGCAAGCCUGCGUCAAGCUUUGGAAGAAGUUCGAGAGAACAGCAAGAAGCUGAAAAGAAAGGCUCGUCUGCUGCAGCUAUAUCUGAAUUUCUAUUCGAUGUCCUAGGGGGCAUGAGAAAAUUGGGGAGAAGCCCAGUGGCAGUCUCCCAUCCAAAAGUGGCACGCAACAUUUCUAUCAAGGAUGUGAUUGCAGUCCUUGAGAGGGAGCCUCAGAUGUCUAAAUCAGCUUUGAUCUAUCGACUAUAUGAGAGACUAUCUGGUGAUUCUGCAGCAGAAUAGGUUGAAGUUGGCAUUCAAUAGCACCAUCCUGAAGAUUAUAUGGUCAGAGAUAUGGGAAUCCGCUAGAUCUUAUGGUUUCUUAUAAUUAUGUUGUAUGUCAUUUGCCAUAAUUGAAGUGCUGUAAUAUUUGUGGUGCUCAUGGAUCAUUUUGUAAUGCUGAGUAUGUAGAUGCUUGUGGUAAUUAAGGAGGGAAUAGAAUGGGAGACUCCACCCUUCCAUAAUUAUGCUUGUGGUAAUUGUCAUAAUUGAAGUGCUGCAACUUUUGGCAGUCACACUUUUCUUGUUUC